CAUGUUCAACUCUUCUCAAAUUUCGCUGUCCUUCACUACUUUUCACUCCUUUUUAAGGAAAAUCAAGAAAACAAGAGAAAGAUAAGAGUUCGUAUGCUGGAUGGAUCCGUGAAGACAGUAUUGGUUGAUGAUAGUCAAAAUGUUGCCAACUUAAUGGUCGUCAUUUGUACCAAAAUCGGAAUCACAAAUCAUGACGAAUAUUCUCUGGUCAGGGAACCUCCAGAGGAUAAAAAGAAUGCCAAUUAUUCAACUGGUACGUUAACUCUUCGACGAGACAAAAAAGAUCGAGAUAAAACUAUUGAUGCAAAAAUGGAACAGUUGAAGAAAAAAUUGAAAACUGAUGAUGAUCUUAACUGGGUUGAUCACUCGUUAACUCUUAGUGAACAGGGUAUUGGUGAAGAUGAAACUUUACUCCUUCGACGAAAAUUUUUCUUCUCCGAUCAAAAUAUUGACCAAAGAGAUCCGGUUGAGCUUAAUUUACUUUAUGUUCAAACCCGUGAUGCUAUAAUUGCUGGAACUCAUCCAGUAGCUGUUGAAGAAGCUUGUAAAUUUGCUGGUAUUCAGUGUCAAAUACAAUUCGGUGACCAUGUUGAAGGUAAACAUCGACCUGGAUUUUUAGAUUUAAAAGAAUUCGUGCCCAAAGAUUAUGUUAAGAUAAAAGGAAUUGAGAAGAAAAUAUUUCAACAGCACAUGAAACACGCUGGACUUACUGAAUUAGAAUCAAAAGGAAAAUAUGUUCAAUUAGCUCGAUCACUUAAAACUUAUGGGGUAACGUUUUUCUUGGUUAAAGAAAAGAUGAAUAGAAAAAAUAAACUUGUUCCUCGAUUGCUUGGUGUUACUAAAGAUUCUGUAUUACGGUUAGAUGAAAAGACGAAAGAAAUUUUAAAAUCAUGGCCUUUAACUACUGUUAAACGAUGGGCAGCAUCACCUAAUUCAUUUACACUCGACUUUGGUGAUUAUGCUGACUCUUAUUAUUCAGUUCAAACAUCAGAAGGGGAACAAAUUUCUCAAUUGAUUGCUGGUUACAUCGAUAUUAUUUUGAAGCGAAAAAAAGCUAAAGAUCAUUUUGGUAUCGAAGGUGAUGAAGGGUCAACCAUGGUUGAAGACUCGGUGUCUCCUUAUAAAGCUACUGUCCUUCAAUAUUCAACACUUUCAAAAGGAGCACAGCCUGAGAUGAGUAACAUUGCUUUACCUGCUAUCCUUCGAGCUGGAACCAAUGGAUCUCAAGCAAUCGUCACCAAAGAGAUUCCACCUGCUUCUUUAACGUCAGUCAAAGGAACUGCUCAUGUUGGCCAUUCUGCGCCAUCCGACACAGGGCCAAAAGUACCUCACAUUUAUACAAAUGGAACCCCAAGUCCUCAAAGAGCUCUCAUUACAACUACCGAAACAUGCCGAAUUACCAUUGCUCGAGUUGAAAAAGACUUAGACGAGCCUACCGAUGCUCCUUACUUCCAAACCUCGGAUUCAAUAUCACUUCAAUCGAAACGUGAUCAAUUGGAUGUUAAACGAUCUGCCGUUUCAUCACAAUUAUCUGCUAUGAAUGCAGCCACAGCAAAGAUUGUUUCCCUCACAUCAGUUCCUGAAGAUGAGAUUGAUGCAUCAGCUUUAGAUGCAGCGCUUUCUACCAUAGCAACCAGUUUGCCUGAAAUGUCAAAAGAUGUUAAAUUAAUUGCUUCCCUUAUGGAUGAUGAUACAAAAGGUGAUGGCCUCAUUGAGGCUGCUAAGAAUUUGUGUAAUGCUUUCUCUGAUCUUCUAAAAGCAGCCGAACCUGGUACUAAAGUGUCUAGACAAACUCUUAUCACAGCUGCCAAUCGAGUUGAAACUGCUUCUUAUUCUGUUUUAUCAACUAUCAACGAAGAAUAUGAAGGUUAUGACAAGGAAACUUCAGAGAUUUUACUUAGCGUUGCUGGUCGCUGUUCUGAAGCUCAAGGAUCUGUUGAUACAAUUCUUGAUGCAACUGAACGACUUUUCACUUCUUCUAGCGAUCCGCCCGAGAUUAUCCGUCAAGCUAAAGUUUUAGCUCAUGCUACAAUCCAAUUGAUAGUGGACAUUAAAAGUAAUGCAAAAAACCAAGAAGGAGAUAUUCAAAGAAGACUAUUAGCUGCAGCUAAAGCUCUUGCUGAAGCAUCAACUCGUCUCAUGAAGGCUGCCAAAGGUUGUGCCACCAAUCCUGAAGAUUCUGUAUCCCAAUCUGCUUUGAGAAAAGCGGCUGAAGACUUGAGAAUUGCUGCAACCAGUAGUGUACUCAGUGAAAAGGUUAUCAAUCGAUGUGAAAUUUCACCUUCUCGUUAUCCUAAUCAAGCCUGGAACAACGCAGUGUCCACUGUUAGCGGUAUAAUAGGUGACUUGGAUACAACAAUUAUGUUUGCAACCGCAGGAACCUUGAAUCCCGAAAGUGAAUCAGACAAUUUUGCCACCCACAAGCAAACCAUUUUAACAUCGGCAAAGGCUCUUGUUGAAGAUACAAAAUCACUAGUUUUGGGAGCUGUUUCCGAUCAAGAACAAUUAGUAAAUGCAGCCCAAAAUGCGGUUACCACGAUUGUUCACCUUUCAGAAACAAUUAAAUUAGAUGCUGCCUCUCUUGGAUCAAGUAAUUCAGAGGCUCAAGUUUUACUUCUUAAUGCAAUCAAAGAUGUGACUGCCGCUUUAGGUGAUCUUAUCCAUGCAACCAAGGCAGCAUCCGGCAAAGAUAAUGAAGAUCCGGCUAUGGUCCAACUGAAAGAAUCCGCAAAGGUUAUGAUUAACAAUGUGACAUCCUUAUUAAAAACGGUCAAAAUAGUUGAAGAUGAACAUCAACGAGGUACUCGAGCCUUGGAGUCCACCAUAGAGGCCAUUGAUCAAGAGAUUAAAGUUCUUGAUUCAGGUGAUCCACCAAGUAAAAAAGGGUCUCCAGAUGAUUUACUUAGAGUUCACAAACCCGUUACUCUUGCCACAGCAAAAGCUGUUGCUGCAGGUAAUAGUGGUAAACAAGAUGAUGUUAUUGUUGCUGCUAAUAUGGGACGAAAAGCUAUCUUUGAUCUUCUUGUUACCACAAAACAAUGUGCAUAUUCAGCCGAUUCACCUGAAAUGACAAGACGUGUUCUUGACACUGGUAGAAGUUGCGCUCUUAAAUACCAAUCUCUUCUCGAGUUAGUUCAUCAGUGCAUUCAACGUCCUAGUGGAGCUUCAAGCGAAGAGAAACAACUAUUAAUCGAGAAAUCACGCAAUAUUGCCUCUUCAGUUACCGAAAUUGUAUCUUGUGUUGAAACACUCAAAGGCGAUUGGGUCGAUCCAAAUGAUCCUACUGUUAUUGCUGAAACUGAACUUCUUGGUGCUGCAUCAUCCAUCGAUGCAGCUGCCAAAAAAUUAGCAUCCCUUCAACCAAGACGAACAAGUAUCAAGCUCCCCGAUGAGGAUCUUAAUUUUGAUGAAAUGAUCUUAGAAGCUGCCAAAUCAAUUACAACUGCGACCUCAGCCUUAGUCCGUGCUGCUUCAGCGGCCCAGCGAGAACUUGUUACCACUGGCAAAGUUGCUCGUAGACCCAUAUCAACUUCCGUCGAUGGUCAAUGGUCAGAAGGUCUUAUCUCAGCAGCUCGUCAUGUUGCUGCAGCAACACAUUCCCUUGUUGAAGCUGCCAAUGCUUUGGUUCAAGGUCACGCUUCUGAGGAAAGAUUGAUUUCAUCAGCUAAACAAGUCGCAUCAUCUACAGCUCAACUUUUAGUUGCCUGUAAAGUGAAAGCAGAUCCUUACUCCAAAACAAUGGUACGAUUACAAGGAGCCGGUAAUGCGGUUAUAAAGGCAACUGAUAAUCUGGUCAAGUCUGCUCAACAAGCGAUACAACAUGAUGAGGAGCAAAGUAUUGUCAUAAGCCAGAGAAGAGUUCCCGUUAUUGCACAAGAAAUAUUAGCUCGAGAAGAAAUUUUAAGGAAAGAAAAGGAAUUAAAAGAUGCACAAGAAAAAUUAACGGCAAUUCGCAAAGCAAAAUACACAUUAAAAAAAUCACACGAGGAGUAUCACGAAUACCAUAGUGAAACAUCGUAUAACAGCUCACCAUCACCAAUAAAUUGAUAAUUGAUUCCAUUUUUAUGCAUUAUCAUAAUUAUCUCUAUCAUCGUCAUCAUCAUCUUUAUCAUCAUAUGAUCAUAUUUUUCAAAUUUACAUAAUGGAAACGAAAGUAAAAAUCAAAUCAAGUUACUCUGCCAGAGAAGUCUUUGCCCUAAAGUUAUAGAUGAAAAUAACAAUAUAAUUAUGCCUUAUCAACAAAAAACGCAAGGAGAUAAAUUAAUUUUUGCUAUACGAUUGAAGAAGAGAUGGUGAUGGGUUGGAUGAAGAGGAUAACAACUGAGAGAAACAAGAAAGACAACGAAAUUGCAUUUUAUCUCGAUUUGCAUUAACAAUUGAUUCUUCGACCUUGUCUGAUCUCCUUUUCUUGUCGUUAAUCCGUAUGUUUAUGAUCAUAAACAUUAUGGUCAAUCUAUUCAAGCAUAUGGCUUCACCAGAGUGAUUGAAAUGAACAAAAGUAUCGGCAACAAUUGAUGUUUGAUUCCAUGUUGAAGUUAAGCUAAUUUAUGUCAGUUGAUUUACAGUUAGACUUGAAGCUUUAACUUAACUUGAUCAUGAAUUUUGGGUUAAAUACUUUUGUUUAUUUUCAUCCAGCUGACUGGAGCUUCAAAUAUAGAUAUUAUAUUGUUCAAUAAGUUGUCUUGUCAUUUACUGUUGCAAAAAAACCUCCACUCCCACCCUUUAUUUACCUGAUUAUUAUCUCUAUUGUCUUGCAAUCUACAAAUCAUAUUUGAUUGUUCGUUGAAAACAAAAUGCAUGUAUCCUUUUCAGACUGAAAACUGAAAAAUAUCCAAUUAUUUUUGACGAAAUAUUUCCCUUGUUCAACAAAUCGACAUUUGUAAUUGUAAUCAAAUUAUAAAAUUUUUUACCCAAAAUCAAUUUCAUUUCAAGACCCAUUUAGAUUGAAGGAUCCAAAUCUGAUCUAAUUCAAACAUCGCAACAAGACAAACACUAAAUUUAACACGCAUUUAUCAGCAAUCAAUAGCUUAAAGAGAUUAAUGUAAAGCAUAUAUUUAUACGAAUUAAUUUAAUUACAUUUAUUUCAAUCAGUUA